UAGUGACGUGAGCGCAAUUGAUAGCGCUGUGUGAACGAAUUCGUCAAAAAGAAGAUGAUUGGCACUAGUACUCACGUCAUGGAUAACUCUAAUUGUUCGAAACAAUUAAAAUUUGGCAUGGAUCGCAUAUUAUCGAAUGAAAUAUGCACGAAAAAAACAGAUAUCCUUAAGCCAAUUGCGAUACAACUUCCGCCAAUAUGUUGCCCUUGUAUUGAAAGUUGCGGUCAAUGCGAAAGUGUCAGAGCUUGCAUAUCAUUUCCGCAUGCCCAUUCGUCAUUACCCGAGGGUAUCGCAUCUACGCCUUAUACUGGAGUAAUGGAGUUAGGAACCUUAUAUCGGCCGGCACCAUUACGCCCUGUAUUGAGAACACCUAUAUCAUCUUCCUCAACGAUGAGUUCUUCCGAAACAAACACACGAAGAAAGAGGUCGUGGUCCAGAGCUGUGUUUAGUUCACUACAGCGGAAAGGCUUAGAAAGGAGAUUUUCGUUACAAAAGUACAUCACAAAACCAGACAGACGACAGUUGGCAGCAACUUUAGGUUUAACAGAUGCACAGGUCAAAGUUUGGUUUCAAAAUCGUCGGAUGAAAUGGCGACAUACAAGAGAGAGUGAGAAUGCUGCAUCGGCUGGUCCAGAUUCUACGCAAAAAGAUAUUCCGCAAAAAUUAGUUAAGCCCAAUGCCAAUGAUACGACACAACAAAACGAAGAAGAUAUAGAAAUCGAUGUAGAUUUAUAA